AUGAUGGGCUCGGUGCUGCCGGCCGAAGCGCUGGUCCUCAAAGGGGCGCUGAAGCCCCCCAGCCUCUCCCUGGCCGAGGUCAUCACUUCGGAUAUCCUGCACAGCUUCCUCUACGGCCGCUGGAGGAACGUGCUGGGGGAGCAGCUGCUGGAGGAGAAGAGCGGCGGGGCGGCGGCGGCCGGGGGUGGCCUGAGCGGCGGCCACGGGAACCCCAAAACGGCCUUCACGGCGGAGGUCCUGGCACAAUCCUUCUCCGGAGAAGUCCAGAAGCUCUCCAGCCUCGUCCUGCCCUCGGAGGUCAUCAUCGCCCAAAGCUCCAUCCCUGGGGAAGGACUGGGCAUCUUCUCCAAAACCUGGAUCAAGGCCGGCACAGAGAUGGGACCAUUUACGGGCCGGAUCAUCUCUCCCGAACACGUGGACCUCUGCAAGAACAACAGUCUCAUGUGGGAGGUGUCCUUAUGGAGGGUCAAAAGGAUGGCUCGAGAGGACUUCCACCUGGUCGAAGGCGGGGUCAACUCCGUGGGCCGCAUGCGCUGCGUCAUCUGCCACCGAGGCUUCAACUCCCGCAGCAACCUGCGCUCGCACAUGCGCAUCCACACGCUGGACAAGCCCUUCGUCUGCCGCUUCUGCAACCGGCGCUUCAGCCAGUCCUCCACGCUGCGCAACCACGUCCGCCUCCACACCGGGGAACGGCCCUACAAGUGCCAAGUCUGCCAAAGCGCCUACUCCCAGCUGGCCGGCCUCCGGGCGCACCAGAAGAGCGCCCGGCACCGUCCCCCCAACGGGGCCCUGCAGCCACACUCCCCCGCCCUGCCCGUGCCGCACCCCACGGCUCUGGGACACCACAUCCCCACCAUGGUGCUGUGA